CGACACCGGUACAUAGAUGGAUAUUUUAUACUUCCUUGUUCCGGUUCAACCCACCUAACAGUACAGUACCUAGCUUAGCUCAUCUGAAAUUCGUGUAGACUGACCAGAGUCCUCGAAUUUCGGCUGAGUUGAAAAAUGUCUGAAGUCCAUGAUUUUGGUGUAGCUCCUGUCACUUGCCAUUCUUUUGACAAGGAUAGAAAUGGUAUUGCUCUAUCUCUGAAUGAUUCUAAUGUAAAGAUUUACAAAAAAGCUGGUGGCAAGUGGCAAGAGACUGAUACUUUGAGUGAGCAUGGCCAAAGGGUGACCAGUAUUGAUUGGGCCCCCAUCAGCAAUAGAAUAGUCACUUGCUCUGCUGAUCGCAAUGCUUUUGUUUGGAUGCUUGAAGGUGGAAAAUGGAAACAAGUGCUUGUGAUUCCACGUAUCAAUAGGGCAGCCACUUUUGUUAGAUGGUCACCUAAAGAAAACAAGUUUGCUGUUGGUAGUGGAUCCCGCUUGAUUGCUAUCUGCUACUAUGAUGUAGAGAACAAUUGGUGGGUCAGCAGACACAUCAAAAAGCCUAUUCGGUCCACUGUCACCUGCUUGGACUGGCAUCCAAACAAUGUGCUCCUGGCAGCAGGUUCUACAGACUUCAAGUGCAGAGUUUUUUCUGCCUAUCAAAAGGAAGUUGAUGAAAAGCCUGGUCCAUGUUCCUGGGGAACAAAAAUGCCAUUUGGUGCUCUAAUGGCUGAGUUCAGCACUGGAUUAGGUGGCUGGGUGCAUUGUGUGUCCUUCUCCCCUAGUGGUGACAAAGUUGCUUGGGUAGGCCAUGAUUCAACUGUGUCUGUGGUUGACGCCACAAAAGGCAAUGAGCUAACCAUCAUCAAAGAGAGCUUCCUCCCUUUUAUGGGAAUCACUUGGAUUACAGAAAAUAGUCUGGUUGCUGCUGGCUAUGACUGCAACCCGAUGCUAUUUUCUUUCACUAGUGGCAAAAUUACCCUUGUCGGACAGCUUGACCAGUCUCAGAAAAAGGAAUCUGGUCAGUUGAGCGCCAUGAAACGCUUCCAAGACAUAGAUAAGAAGGCCACAGCCACCGACACUUCUACUGACUUAAGAACUCAGCAUCAGAACACAAUAACUCAAAUCUCCAUUCACACUGGAACUAAAGCUAAUGCCAGCAAGAUAGCCACUUCCGGGGUGGAUGGAAAUCUUAUCAUUUGGGAUUUGAAGUCCCUUGAGAAAAGUAUUCAAGGCCUAAAGAUCUCCUAAAUGUUCUUGUUGAAACGGGUAGGGCAUUCCAGACCAAUAGAGAUCUCCAACACUUGGAGUUUUUACCUGUUUUUUUCUUGUAUCCACUUGUAUUGUUUUACUUCCUUAACCAUUUAUAUUUGUUGCAUUUUUUUUUUUUUUGCAAAUAAAAAUUAUAA